CUUUUGAAUUAUUGACUAAAGGCAACAACUAAUAACAAUUCGAGAUUUACGAAAUAAACUAACCUUAUAACGGAAAGUGAUAUUAUAUUAUAAAAAAAAAAGCACUUUAUAAUAUAAAGCAAAUAUGAAAUACCCAACAAAAAAGAUCUCACUCACUAUAAAUCCCUUUCCUCUUUGCCUCCCCAAAAAACGCUCACACUCCUAAUCCCUCUCAAGUUUUCAAACCAAUCUCUCUCUCUCUCUCUCUCUCUAAGUCAUUAACAAUGGGGCGCCUUCUCUUCCGUCUUCUCCAAGAAACCAAUUCUACAUCUCCGCCGGAAGCUCCUCCACCUUUCAACUCCGACCUCGUCCUCAUCCUCGCGGUUCUUCUUUGUGCACUGACAUGUAUCAUCGGCUUAAUCGCCGUCUCUCGAUGCGCAUGGCUCCGCCGUAUCGCCUCAAGAAACAGAUCGGAUCAAACUCAUCCACCGCCGGUAGCUGCGGCUAACAAAGGUUUGAAAAAGAAAGUCCUCCGAUCGUUACCGAAACUCACUUACUCGCCGGAUUCUCCACCGGCGGAGAAACUCGUGGAGUGUGCCAUCUGUUUAACGGAAUUCGCCGCCGGAGACGAGCUUAGGGUGUUGCCGCAGUGUGGACAUGGUUUCCACGUAUCGUGUAUCGACACGUGGCUCGGAUCACACUCUUCUUGUCCUUCUUGCCGUCAAAUCUUGGUGGUUGCCAGGUGUCAUAAAUGUGGCGGGUUACCCGGUAGCUCAACCUCAGGAUCCGAACCUGAUACCCGAAUCAAGCAACGAGAAGAUGAUCCUGCUAACUUCUUACCUUGAUUCUUUAUUUUAGACAUAUCCCCAUUUUAUUUUUUAUAAAUGGAUUUCGGUUAAACAAGAUAUAAUAUUAAAAAGUGUUCUUUAUCAUUUUAAAGGAUAAUGUUACUCUGUCAUGUAUAUAUAUUUUAUCUAUUGUAAAUUUUAUCAUGGAAUGGAAAGUUUAUCUUUAUUUCUU